GAAAGGAGAAGGGGGGGAGGGAGAGCUUACAGGAAAAGGAGGAACAUUGUGAUUCAGCAUUGGAAAGUAGACCCCCCUCUUACUGGAGCUUUCACUACAGCAAAUCACUUGAAAUCUGCUUUUUUUUCUUUAAUACUAGAAGCACAGUCUUUGCAACAUAUUCGGCGGCUUCAUUUCUGGAAUGGAAUAUCAAGUGCAUUGUGUUAAAUAACCUGCUGGGUCUGUAGUGACCUGAAACUGGACAUGUCCUGGGCAAAGGGUUAUUGAUUUCUAUUGCUCUUUUUGGAAGCUACAACCACUUUGUAUUCUUUUUUCUUUUUUAAUUUUAGUCUUCAAUUUUUUUUUUUUUUUUUUUUUUUUGAAAGGAGGGCAAUUUAUUUCCUAUUGACAAGUGGCGCUCCAGCUGUUUUAAUUCCAGGGCGCGUGAUUCAUUACCUGCCGAAAUCUCCAAGUGGUCGACACCAUGCGGUGGGCGGGAUGCCUCCUGCUAAUUCAGGCAUUUAUAGUCACCACUGGGAAUGCUGCGGAGUCCCGUCUCCUGUCUAUGCUGAAGUCAAGCCGGACAGUGUUCUUGGAUGAUCAAGAGGCAAAUUCCUUCAUUACCCGCAAGUUACGGUACAACAGUUGGGAUUUUGAGGUAUUUACUAAGGGUAACCUGGAGCGGGAAUGUUACGAGGAGGUGUGUAACUACGAGGAGGCGCGGGAGUGCUUUGAAGACGAACAGAAAACGAAAGACUUUUGGAAAAACUAUGCACACAAUGGGCAGGGAGGUGCUGCAGGAAACUCCCCUGCUGUGGAUGUUGCAGGCCUGGUUGCAGGACUGGUGGCAGGGCUCGUAUUGCUUAUAAUGAUAGCUGUUCUUAUCAUGUACUGUGUGCGAUACAAAGCCAAAGAGCGGACAAGACAUGGAAGGCCCCCGGUACACCUCACUAGUAAUAUACCACUUCCUGAAGCUCUCCCGCUGACCGAGCCUCCAUUACCUGAACCUUUAGCCCCUGGGCUGCCAUCCUAUGAAGAGGCUUUAGAGGCGUCUGGAACAUAUGAUGCACCUCCUCCACCUUAUCAGAGAGGUUCUGCCAGAUUAAACCAGCCAAGCUGAAGCUGCUGAGUCAACAUGAUGCGUGAUUUCUUUCUUCUUUUUUGUUUUUUUCCUGUAUGACCGGCGUGUGAUUCGAGAGGAUGACUAUUUUCAAUGAAGCAAAAUAUACUGUCUAUGGAUUUUAAUAAUACUACUGAAAUAUACAGUUGCCAAAGAGAAGACCACUGAACCGGCAUGGUGGAUUUUUUUUUAUUAAUGUUUACGCUCUACUGGAAGAGACGGCUUUUGUCCGGACCCUGAGACGCGGCCUUGGUCGCUGGACUUGUAAUUACAUAUGAGCUUGUUAUCCUCCGUACAGACACGGCACAACUCUAAGGAACUCAUUUGCUAGACGGCAGGAAUUGGUAGAAUCCUCUCCCUCUCGCUUUUGGUUUGGAAUAUUCUGUGUAAUAUGUGAAAAUUUUAGAUUUCAGGGAUAUUUGAUGAGGGAAGAUUCUUUAAUAAAGCCAGGAGAGAGAGAAAAAAUUCCAAUGUUCCGGCUGGAAUCAGAACCAGAAGGGGGUUUUGUGCCCAGCUCUUGCUGACUUAGAACGGUUUAGUUCAGCUCCGCUGAAUAUUUUAAAUGUAAUUGCUUUGACUACACAACAAUAUCCAGCAGUGCUAUAGAUUCCAGAGGAAAUGCCGUCAAAUCUGCGACAACGUGACUCUCCGGGUCUGAAAGCCACCAGUUCUCUCUCUUCUAUGGCCUUACAGUUUACACUCAAUGCCGGCCACGUCACCAUGAAGAGGUAUAUAAGACUUAAGGACUCAUUAAAACCUAAGUGCUGUGAACCCAGUUGGGCGUGCUAUAGGCACACAGAUGAACCGCUGGUCAUUUUAAGUAUAUCGGAACGAUCGAUGAAGAACAAGUUCUCCCAUUGGCAAGGAGGAAAUGUAUUUGCUGAUGUGUAAUGGGUUUUCUUCACAGUUUACCACCACAAAAAUAUAUCAAUAGGUUACUCUGUUCCUGCGGGGAAAAAAAAAAACGGGAAAAAUUUUUCGGUUAGGUUCAUACCUGUGUCAGGGAUCCAUUCGGCAGCUGGCCGAUGUGCUGUAUAACAGACUCCAAUGGACCCCAUUGAUUUUAACGGGGUCCGUCUGGUUUCCAUCAUUUCACUGGAUUAUAACCAGACAAAAACUAUCGCACGUUGCCCUUUUUUUUUUGUCCAGUUACUUAAACAGUUCCUGCGAUGAAGACCCCAAGUAGAGCCUCCGACGUACAUGCAAACCUAGCCUUAAACGUUCCAGUGGGGACAGCUAUUUUGUUGAAUGACAUCACAUUCAUGAGGAGCAUUAGACACCUAAUGGCUGCCUCCAUAGGGGUCCAUUUUAUGUCACGUGUCUUGUGUUGUCAGGAUUAUUAUGUUACAUAAGUAUGUCUGCCAGUGGUGCAGGAUUUUCUCAUGGGGUUGGGGAGAAAGGUUUGUUGUUUUUAAAGGGAUUGUCCAGAGAUAAAAAAAAAAAUUUUUUUUAAAGUAGAUAAGGGAUCGUCAAGUCCCCCAAUAUCCUGCUACUGCCAUCCUGUAAAUAGUUAAAGGGGUACUCCUGUGGAAAGGAAAAACAUUUUUUCAAAUCAACUGGUGCCAGA